CGGCGGCGGCUGACGGGACCAGACAGGACCGCGGGGGUGUUGCCACCUCCAUCGAGGAGCCGGGGCGGCCGCGGGCUCCUCAGAGCCGGGGCCCGGGGCCCGUGACAGGCGGGCCGAGGAAGGGCGAGAGGCGGCGGCGGCGACACCAUGUCAUCCCCUAGUCCGGGCAAGAGGCGGAUGGACACGGACGUGGUCAAGCUUAUUGAGAGUAAGCAUGAGGUCACUAUCCUAGGAGGACUCAAUGAAUUUGUAGUGAAGUUUUAUGGACCACAAGGAACACCGUAUGAAGGCGGAGUAUGGAAAGUUAGAGUGGAUCUUCCUGAUAAAUACCCUUUCAAAUCUCCUUCUAUAGGAUUCAUGAAUAAAAUUUUCCAUCCCAACAUUGGUGAAGCGUCAGGAACUGUGUGUCUAGAUGUAAUUAAUCAAACUUGGACAGCUCUCUAUGAUCUUACCAAUAUAUUUGAGUCCUUCCUGCCCCAGUUGUUGGCUUAUCCCAACCCCAUAGAUCCUCUCAAUGGUGACGCUGCAGCUAUGUACCUCCAUCGACCAGAAGAAUACAAGCAGAAAAUUAAAGAGUACAUCCAGAAAUAUGCAACGGAGGAGGCACUGAAAGAGCAGGAAGAGGGCACCGGAGACAGCUCAUCGGAGAGUUCUAUGUCUGACUUUUCGGAAGACGAGGCCCAGGAUAUGGAGUUGUAGUAGAAAAAGCACCUGCUUUUCAGAAAGACUAUUAUUUCCUAACCAUGAGAAGCAGACUAUAAUAUUCAUAUUUAAACAAAGCAAUUUUUUUAUUACUAAACAAGGUUUUUAUGAAUAAUAGCAUUGAGAUAUAUAUAUAUUAUAUAUCACCCUUUAGAUCUUGAUUUCUUGGUCAUUUCUCAACCUGAGGUGCAUAGCAUAUUCCCACAUUCCAUUUUGGUAGCAAUAUGCGGUCCGAAUGCAUGCAUUGAUAAGUCCAUUUGGCCAAGUCAGCCUGUGUGCUACUGAACUGUAAAAAGGAAUAGCCGCUCUGAUAGAUAGGCCUGAGUCAAAAUAACAGGAAAAAGUCGCUUCUUUUAUUGAUGGUUCCAAAGAAACAAACCAAAACCAACCAGCUCUCGGACAUGAAGAUAGAAUAGUGCUUUUUCAAAACGGAAAGGAAAAAAUUGGGGAGGAAGAGGCCUGCUGUGGGAGCAUUCAGAGCCUGCCACGUCAGGAUCAGAGCUGCUCCUUCCUGUGCGUCCCAGGUGGCCCCACUUCUGUGGAGCAACAGUAUAAAACAGGGAGCUCUUUGGAGUAUGAAACUUAAAACGAUUUUUUUCGACUUGGAUUUUAAGUACAUUUUUAUAUGUAGAUUUCUGCCCUUCUUGCUACCAGGCCCUGCAGCCACAAGUGUUUUGUUUUGUUUGUUUGUUUUUGCUUUGGAGAACCUUUUGGAAAUGGUUUUGCUGAAUCUGAUUCUUUUUUCUUGGGGGUAGAACUUAUAUUCCAGACCAUUUUUUGAGAGGACAGGACAGGAGGAGAAAAGUGACUGGGAAGAAGCUUCCUCUCACGCGGCAGAGUCCACCCUCAUCGUGCUGUUGGCCACUGUGAGACCGCUGCCCUGGACUGAGAGCUUUAACUUUGAGGAUGCUCGUGGGGGGUUUUGUUUCGAGGUUUUGGGUUGUUGGUGGUUGUUUGUUUUUUGUUUUUUUUUUUAAUUUUGGUGUGUGUGCGUGUGUGUGUAUCGUGCUUAGGUUGCACAUUUAAUCUUCACCUUCCAAGAGAUGGCCUCCCCCUUGGACAGCCGCUCAGCGGACUGUUAGACUUGGGAAGAAGACCCUGCUGGCGGCUGUGCCUUCUGGGUCCUCUCACUCACGUUUUGACUGGGUUUCCUUCUGCUGGCGCCCUUGACAGCAGCCUGAGUCAUCAUCUGCCUGUGGAAAUGGGAAACGGGUAUUGUAGACCCAGCACACAUUCUAAAUUUAUAAUGAGUAAUAAUUGGAACAAAUAAAGGUUCUUGUACCCAAAGUGACUCUCCAUGGGAAAAACAGCUUUUUUUUUUUUUUUCCUGAGUGAGACUGAAUAGGAAGAAAGGAUUCAGAAAUACGAUGUAGAACAGGUUUUGAAGGAAGAGAAUUUUCUCUCCUGUGUAUGUUAAAAGGAAAUCAGACAGUUUCAAUGCCUGCUAAUCAAAUGUUUACUCAGCUAACCAUGUGUCCAGGUUGCUGGCAGAGUUUCUUUCCGAUCUGAGUGUUGCCUGCUGAAUUUGGAGAACUUCAGACAGUAGCUCUGGGGAGUUUUGCUUUUGUUUUUUGCCACAACCAAUAGGACAAUAGCAGAAUUAGCCGAUCCUGAAAUCUCCUGAAGAUGAUUUUUGAAUGUCCUACUGGGAGAAUUUAAUCUUUCUUUUUGAUGUGUGUUUUUAGUUUAGAAGUGCUAUAUUCCACAAGAUAUGAGUCACUGAAGUUGGAAGAUACCCUGUCUUUUUCACUCAGAAAGCACAAUCACUCUUUUCUUUGAAAAUCUGUAUAAAGUACAACCUGUUUUUAGCAUGAUUAUUUUCCUAAAUAAAAAGCAAAUAAUUUACUUAUGUUAAUUACGCGCAUGAAGCAAAAGGUUUUCUUAAAAAAAAUUAAAAGUGCAGUUAAGUAGGGCUGUGGUUAGUUCAUGUACUGAGUUAUCUCUCUAGCAUUUGUGGCUUGUUGGAAGGGUAGUAUUAACUAUUUAACAUGUAAUGGUGUACUUUAACUCUUAUCUAGCACGUUGUCUUCUCAUUACUUUGGGGGAGGGAGGGUCUCUGCUGGCACUGUCUAACUUGCUUACCUGCUGAAUUAGCAGUUUGCUUGUGCUAUAACCGUAAUCUGUAGGUGCGACUUAGGGUAGGCUUAAAGUGCUGGGUGGUGAUUUGAGUUCAAACAAUAAAAAAUUGUAUUUUUUCAA